GGUUUUAUUUGUUCAUAGUGCCACAGCGUUGACGACAAUUCAUUGGUGCGUGCAUUUCCAGUGUUGCCGCGAUGGCGUGCAAAUUUCUUUGCAACCAAGCCAUCGUCGUUGGUGGCGGAUUGGGAGGCAUGUCAGCAGCCAACACCGUGGUGGAAAACGGUGGGCGCGUUGUGUUGCUGGAUAAAUCCUCCUUUUGCGGUGGAAACAGCACAAAAGCCACAUCUGGCAUCAAUGGCGCAGGUACCAAAACACAAAAAGCCAAGAACAUCCCAGACACUGCUGAGAUUUUUACUCAGGACACACUGAAAGGUGGCGCCAAAAAACCAGAGCUGGCAAAGCUACUGUGCGUCAACAGUGCGGCCGAUGUCGACUGGCUGGUGGAGAAGUUCAAUUUGGAUCUGUCGUUGGUGGCUCGUCUGGGAGGACACUCGCAGCCCCGUACCCAUCGAGGCAAGGAGCGAUUCCCAGGGAUGACCAUCACGUACGCCUUGAUCCAAAUGUUGGAGAAGGUGGCGGAAAAGACCGACCUGGCUCGUAUCGUGACGAAGGCCAAGGUUUUCAAGUUGGUCACCGAAGGCAACGUCUGCGUGGGCUGUGUCUAUGAGAAGGGUGGCCAGAACUUCCAGGAGUUUGGACCUGUGAUUUUGGCUUCAGGUGGUUUUGGUGCCGACUUCACCAGCAAUUCGUUGUUGGCACAGUACAGACCGGACCUGCUGCAUCUUCCCACCACCAACGGUGAGCACUGCACCGGCGAUGGGAUCAAGAUGGGCGAGGCCAUUGGCGCCAAGAGCAUCGACCUGGAGUGGGUCCAGGUGCACCCCACCGGUCUGGUGAAGCCCGACGAUGCCGAUGCCAAGAUCAAGUUCUUAGCGGCUGAGGCCCUCCGCGGUGUCGGCGGCAUCAUCCUCAACGCAGAGGGAAAACGAUUUUGCAACGAGCUUGGACGUCGCGACUAUGUCACCGGAGAAAUGUGGAAGAGCAAACCUCCAUUCAGGUUGUGCUUGAACAAGGCGGCUUCAGAUGAGAUCAUUUGGCACUGCAAGCACUACACUGGCCGGGGUGUCAUGAAGUUCUACUCCAGUGGUGAGGACCUUGCCAAGGACAUGGGCGUGGCACUGGAGGUGAUUGAACAGACCCAUGAGCAGCACUACCAAGCCGCCAAGAAGACGGAAACAGAUCCGGAUGGUGGCUCUUGGCCUGCUUAUCCGUCAGGAAAAUCCUGGGAUGAGCCCAGUGGAAUGACUGGAAGUGGCAAGAAAUUCUAUCACAACAUCAUUCCAGGUUCAGCCGUGAAGAGCGAGCCGUUUUACGUUGCGAUCAUCACUCCUGUCAUUCACUACUGCAUGGGCGGCUUGCUGAUUGACACAGAUUCGGCCUGCAUUGGCUCCAACAAUCUGGCAAUUCCUGGCUUGUACGCAGCAGGUGAGGUUGCAGGAGGAGUCCAUGGCAACAACCGUUUGGGCGGCAACUCCUUGUUGGAUUGCGUGGUGUUUGGCCGUGUUGCAGGCAAGGCAGCGGCCAAGUACAUGUUGGGUGCAGACAUGAAAGAUGUGGACCUUCGAGAAGUGACUGGUGGAGGCCUCACAGGAGCAGUGGAGAGCUCCAAGUUGGCAGGUGGCUCGUACGAGGAUAAGAUGAACUCUGCGGCAGUUCCUGCUGCGGCGGCUGCUGCACCAGCUGCAGGCGGUGGUGGUGGAGGUGGCAUCAGCUUGGCUGAUGUGGCCAAGCACAACAGCAAGGCUGACUGCUGGGUUGUGGUAGAUGGACAGGUGCUUGAUGUGACUUCCUUCUUGUCCGAGCAUCCCGGUGGUGAGCUUGCAAUCUUGACCUUUGCGGGCAAGGAUGCCACAGAGGAAUUCAACAUGAUCCAUCCUCCGGAUGUGAUUGGCAAGUACGCUCCCGACUCCGUGAUCGGCAUGAUCGGCGGUGGCGGAGGCGGUGGCGCAGUUGCAGGGGGUGCACCUGCUGCUGGUGGUGCGCCAGGCAUUCCCAUGACCGAAGUGGCCAAGCACAACAGCAAGACUGAUUGCUGGGUCGUGGUGGAUGGACAGGUGCUCGAUGUGACUUCCUUCUUGUCGGAGCAUCCCGGUGGUGAGCUUGCAAUCUUAACCUUUGCUGGCAAGGAUGCCACAGAGGAGUUCAACAUGAUCCAUCCGCCAGAUGUCAUUGGCAAGUAUGCCCCAGACUCUGUGAUCGGCAAUGUUGGCAGCGGUGUUGCUGCCCCUGUCGCUGGUGGUGCAGCCAAAGCGGGAGGUGCCCCAGCAAGGAAAGACAAGGGUGGUGCCUUGUCCAACCACCAGGCCUGGGGUCACCUCGAUGGUGACACCCAUCCCAACUGGCGAACAGACAUCGAUGACAAUCCAGGUGUGUUUAUCUUGAACAUCAAGUCGUACUUCAAUGCCACCUGGUUCUUGGUGCUUGCCAUGUUGUACGAAGUUGGUGCAACGAUCUUUUCUGCAAAGAACAUCAAGAUCUCCAAUGAUCGCCUUGGUUUGACUCGCAGUGCUAUUCUGCUCGUGCUCUUCAUUGUAAUCCAUGCUGUUGGAAACCUUCACGUGUUCAAGGGUCCCGAUGACUUCAACGGCUACGGCUACUUCUACGUGCGACUCUACUGGACGGGCUUCGGACUUCCUGCCAACAUCGUUGAGGAGUACAUCCUCCUGUCCGUUUUGCUGCACGUUUUUGUUGGUUUGAAAAGGACUUGGGACAUGAAGCUUGCUUUGGUCAAUUCACAAGGCAUCAACGUCCUGAACCUUGCCAUCACCGGUUUGAUGCUCUUGACGUUCAUGACCAUUCACUUGUUCCAAUUCCGAUUUGGUGACACGGAUCAGUUCGGCCCCUACUACAUCCGCCCACCUCCCUAUUUGAUUAACUUCUGGGGCAUUUUGUCUUUGAACCUCUUCUGGACGGAUGCGUCAUACGUAGAGCCAGUCGGCGUCAGAGACAUCUACGCUCUAGAAUUCCAGAUCUUCAAGAACCCAUUGUGGUCCUUCUUCUACAUCUUCUCAGUGGGUGUCUUCAUGAUCCAUGCCUGCUUGGGCUGGAAGAAAGUGACACCUGUGCUGGGUAUUCCUCGAGGGCACAUUGCGCGAGUAGAGAUCCUAGGCUAUGCCAUCAUGAUCAUCAUGGGACUUGUGUACAUUUCAUUCCCGCUGUACGUCAUGGCGACCAAGCCCUUCAGUGGCUACGAGGAUAGCAUCCAGAUUCCUGGCAGGGUCGAGUAGAUCCACAGAAAACUCUGAUAGGCAAACAUGUGAUUGCCUUCCAGAGGUGGGAUAUCAGAAAUGUUUGCGACUCCACAUGUUGGUGCGGCUGCGUUUACCAAACGGAUGAAGGGAUCAUGAUAUCUCCCCAAUGGCGAUUUUAAUGGAAAAAAUAUGCGCUUCCAAACGGGAUGAGACCAACCAAUGUUGCCUUUGCGCCUUGCAGACAUUACCUUGCAGGAUCAUCGACCGCAGUCACUGUAGGCUGGCGCUACACUAUGCUACACUUGUCUCCCAAAAGUUUCAUGUAGAGCUUUUUCAAGUGAAGCUCAUUCUUCACUUCCAAAGUCGCAGUUGUUCCGCGUACACGUGCAGCAUCUUUUGAUCUGAGCCUUUUAAGCAAUUUUGGGCCAAGAUGUCUGCAACGUUUGCGAAGAAUCAUUCCUUUUUAAGUCAGCCAAAUUCUAGAUGCACGUGUCGUCACGCGAGAAAAA